AAAACGCAAACCUAGCUUGUUAUAGACCUAAGUCGACAACAUUAAAUAAUACAUUCGGCCAUGGUCGGAAAAGUGGCUAAAAUUCCGAUGAAUCAUCGGAUUUUGAGGUGUGACAAAACGGACAUCGACUUUUCCGGCGACCCGGCCAUUAAUUUGUCCGAUACCGUCUUCGAGUUUCUCGACGAUGAAGGUGAACGGUCGUCGUCGUCGUCCCAGUACUCCAUCUGCGAUAAUGUACGUGAUGAAGAUGAUGAAAACGAAGAAAAAGAAAUCGUUCAAGAGAGUGAUUUCUGGGAAAAUCAAUACAAUCUCUUACAUGCUACGUUAUGCAGGACCACCUCGGCAGAAUCAAGAAUCCGGAGUAUUACUAAAGAAACAUUAAAAGAAGCAAAGCAAGCCGGAAACAUGUGUGCUUGUCAGAAACCGGUGGACGGCGGCUGCCGGAGCUGCCGAAUGAAUGAGGUUUUCCGGCGUCUACAAAAUGCUGGUUUCAACUCAGCAAUUUGCAAGUCUAAGUGGAAGAACCUAUCAGAUAUCCCAUCAGGUGAACACACAUUUGUAGACGUGAUGGAGAAUUCAAAUAAUCCCAAAAGGGGAGAAGUGAGGAUCAUAAUCGAACUAAAUUUUCGAGGGGAGUUUGAGAUGGCGAGAUCAAAUGAAGAGUACGGGCGACUGGUCACGAGCCUGCCGGAAGUUUUCGUCGGAAAAAUAGAGAGGCUAUUGUCGGUGAUCAAGAUCAUGUGCACGGCGGCGAAGAGGUGCAUGAAGGAGAGGAAAAUGCACCUGGGUCCUUGGAGAAAGCAAAAGUACAUGCAAGCCAAGUGGCUCAGAACGUGCCACCGCACCAUCACCGCGCCGCCGCCGGAGUCCGCCGGAUACAGUGGCCGAGCACCCCGGCCUACGGCGUCGAUGCUCACCGUUGACUUGCUCGACAAUUUGCCCACUUUGCACCGCACGGCGGUGGCGGUCGUGUGAACAUGGAUGAAUUAUAUUGAUUAUUAUGUUAUAGCUAGCUACAUAUAUAUUUGUUUAUAAGUAAAUUUAUGAUCCACUCCUUCCUACCUCUAGUGGAUCCUAUCACUUGAAGAUUGAGUUCUUCAACUUCACGGAAAUGUAGAAAUUGAUCCUUUGUGUGCAGAAUUAAGUCGUUAA